AUGGACAUCAAGAAAAUCUUCAACAAGAAGAAGGUCAAAACUAAACAAGGAGGACAUACUGAGGGAGGAGGGAAUUCGGAGGCUACAUCUGUGAAUUCGGUAACCUCAACAGCAUCAUCCUCUUCGAACUCGUCAGCGAAAAUCCCAACGAAUCCAGCCCCUUCACAUAAUGCGGAUGUAUUCACCUCUUCUAAAAGCUUUCAGUAUUCUUACAACUCAAACACCAACUCUCUGUUUAGCUCGAAAAGAACCUUAUCUACUGGCGUUUCUACUCAGCCAAGUUCAAACGUUUCAUACAACAAAAACAACGAGCAGGCCAAAAUAACGAGUAUUGGGAGGCCUUUGAGAGUUCUCCACGAAGACGAACAGGAAGUAGAGUAUGCACGCUCUGGCAGCGUAUAUAAUAUAGAGGGGAAGUCUACAGCAGCAGAUGAUGAUAGCACUGCUAGUGGUUUAGAUGCUAAUUCCAAUAGAGCUGCAUCAAUUCAUAGGAACAGCACCUCUCGCAGGAGAUCAAAUCUUUCUGAUGAUGUUUCACUAUGUCCUACCGAAAAAUCAAAUAUAAGUACCCAAGGAACGUUUGCCAACAUAGACAAUGGAAGUAACACCAAUCUUAAUAGGUCACAGUCCUCCUCCAUUUCAGAAAGUGAGUUGAGAGUACAGCUAGUUGAGUUCAUUAAGAGCCAGUUGAGGAAUUUAGCCAAUUCUGUGAGUAAUAUAAUUAUCCAAGUGUCUCAAUCUGUGCUGAAUUUAACGAAGGCUUCCAUAACCAUAAAUGAAAGUAUUAUUCUAACUCAUAAGAUGAUCAAAAGCAACAAAUACAUCAGUUUAUUAGCAUCAAACCAGUUUGAUACCAUAAAUUCUGUUGGUUUGAGAAGGCUGAUCAAGAAUAUUCUUCAUUUGCUUGAUAAUUUGUUGAUUGGUGAUGUUUAUAAUAAGUCCAAAUCUUCCGUCAUAAAGAGACUUCAUGAUUUAUUCUUGUUGAUCAAGAUUAUUCCAACCAAGGCACCUGAAUUAACCAACUUUAUAUCGUACAUGGCGCCAACCAUGUUCCCAAUCGAUUCGAAUGUUUUAAAUUUUCCUAAUGUUGAGAAAGUUGAUCAAAUAAUGUCCAGUUUAUUAUCGAAAGGUAAAGAGAAUCUUUUUUCAGAUCAAGAUGGCUCUUUCAUUGCUCCGGUUUUACGAGGCUUUUUUUUACCAUCACUAACUAUUAUUACAUUUAUUUUCGGUUUCCCUGAGAUUUCUAAAGAACAUCAUGAUAUUAUCAAAUUUUUCUCGACUCAAUCAAGUGAUAUACAUUUCCAGCUACAAAAGAAUCGGAUUACAUACGCCUCAAGCAAAAGCAUGAAACUAAAAUCCCCAUUCAGAACCGUUGAUGAAGGUCAAGUUUAUGUACCAAUAUCUAUGUCACUAUCAACUGAUUCUUCCACGAUAUCGAGUGGUACAUUGGGAGGAUAUUUGUAUCCGAAAGUUCCAGAGAACUGUUCCAAUCCAAAGUUGCUGAAAUAUCGGGGCCAAAUCUUUGGACUAACAUGUGCACAUGUUGUACUAGGUAGUGAGUCCGAAUCCGAGGAAUUACAUCCCAACGUUUCCACACCAUCUCCUGUGCUAAUCAACUUGUACAAGAAUGCUCUUUUGAAUGAAAUGAUGAACCAUUCUACUAAUUCUCCGGAGUACAGGGCUUAUAGCGAGGCAGUGAAAAUGAUUGAUGCUGAGUAUCCAUUGAGAAAAGUUUCGUUGAAUGGCAAAAAGGUGAAUAGAAACUUACCUACUGAAGAUUUGGGAUGUAUUAUCUGGGGUGAAAGGCUAAUCAACGACAACAAACUCAGUGACAUGGCGAUUAUCAAGAUCAAUGACCGACUAAAGAAAAAAUUUGUCAACUAUCUUGGCGAGGACUUGCAGCUUUCUCAGUAUGAUCCGUCUUUGAUUUUAUCUAAUUUGAAUGUCAAGAAAACUAUCAGUUUUCAGCCUCGAAAGAACGGGAUUCUGAAUACGGCGAACUUGAGUGUUUUCAAAGUAGGCAGCACUACUGGAUAUACAAAUGGUAACUUGAACGGAAUGAAGAUGAUCUAUUGGUCCGAUGGGUCUUUACGUAGUUCCGAGUUUAUAGUUGCAGGGGGUGAUGGGAAGAUGAAAGGCUUUGCGAACGGUGGAGAUUCGGGAGCAUGGGUAUUGUCCAAACUGAGCGACGUCAAUCAUAUCAAAAGUUACUCGAGUGACUCUGAGGACGAGCCGCUUAUUGAGGAGGAUGAGAACAAGAGCAGUUUGAGCGCUUUUAUUGAGAGUUUCAUCCCUGCAGUGAGUAGUGGAAGAAGACAGGAUAGAGCUUCGGGGAGCAGACGAAGAAGCACACCGACCGCUUCUGCUGCUGCCACUACUGCGGAUGCCGGUCUGGGCCCUUUUAAUGGACCCAAGGAGAAGAACGAGGAGAGUGGGUUGGGGGUACUUGGGAUGCUCCAUUCCUACGAUGGAGAGUACAGGCAGUUUGGGCUUUUCACGCCAAUCGAUGACAUAAUGGAGCGCCUAGAGGCUGUCACCGGCGUGGAAUGGGGGGUUGUUGGGUGUAGCGAGGAGGGCGACUUGCACGAGGGAAGCAGCAGCAUCGGCAGUACCAGCGACGGCAGCGACAAGGAGGAGAGCGAGGACGAGUGA